AUGCAUCAUCAAGCUCCUUAUCCAUGUAAGCCUUCACCACAUCAUUCUCAAAAUCCAAUUAUUUCAAAUCAUUUACAACCCAUAAAUCCUGACAGUCAUACAACAAUGUGGCUUGAUGAUCCAUAUUCUGUUUCAACUGCAUGUCCAUCACAACGGGAUUCAGGAUUUAAUUCUCGACCAGCAUCAUUACGUAGUAUUGAAUCAACAGGCACCGGUCCUAUACAUCAUGGAUCACCAUCAGUCUAUGAACAUAUUACUCCUCGUUUAUCAAAUGAUGUUGAAAAUACUCGUCCUCAAUAUAUUGAACUACAACCAGCACCACCUCCCGCAAAGCCAGCUCCUUCUCAAGUUAUGUCUGAAUUAUUGAAUUUUUUAAUGGAAGAUGAUUCAGUUAUUGUACGUGAAGCUGUAUUACUAACACAUAUGUUAAUUAGAGAAGGUGGUGAAAGUCGAUCAGAAGUUAUUCAAAAUCGAGAUUUAAUUACGACAUUAUUGGAAACCUUUUCCAAAGAUAUUGGUGAUGGUAAAAUAACUCAUGCAUUAGCUAGUUUAUUUCAUUCAUUAUCACAACAACAAGAGGGUUUACGUGUCAUUCUUGAUUGUGGUGGAAUUCCACGAUUAGUUUCAAUGCUCAAUUCACCUGAUAGGACAGUUAGCUUUGUAACAACAACGUUACAUAAUUUUUUAAUUGUUUUUCAAGAUCAAGCAUCUAAUGAAAUUGAACGAUGUGAUGGUAUACAGAAAUUUAUCAAUUUAUUAGAAAGACCAAAUGAUAAAUUAUUAACAUUAGUAGCGGAUAGUUUACUUAAAAUGUCAACUUAUAAUAUAAAAUCAAAAAUAUUUCUACAAAAUAAUGAACAAUUUAUUCAACGUCUUUUAUAUAUAUUUGAUACAAGUCAAUAUGAUAAAUUAUUAUUAACAAUAUCAAAAUUACUACCAAUAAUAUCAUCGGGUAAUGAAUUAACGAAACAUAUUAUUUUACAAAUAAAUGGUUUAAAUAUUUUUGAAAAACAUUUACGAACAACAAGAAGUAUUCGCAUUAGACAUAAUUGUCUUAUUACUAUGAGAAAUAUUUCAAAUCAAGCAACACGAAUGAAUAAUAUUGAUUCAUUACUAGAAAAAUUAGUUGCAAUAUUAUUAACUGAUGAUCAACAAUCAGUUAUUUGUUCAUUAGGUAUACUUAAUAAUUUAACAGCAGAUAAUGAAACAAAUAAAAGUUUAUUUGUUAAAUUAAAUGGUGUACAAACACUUAUGCAAAAAUUAAUGAUGAAUGCUGAUGGAAAUGAUGAUUUUAUUGAAGUAGUUUUAUGUAUACUUCGACAUGUAACAGCUCGUCAUGAUCUUGAAAAUGAAGCACGUGAAAUAAUAAGAAAAUCUUAUGGUAUUGGAAAUAUUAUUAAAUUAUUACGAGAUAAAAAUAUUAAAGAACAUUGGGAAAUACUUAAAGCAACAGUUGGUUUAAUUAAAAAUUUAGCUUUAUCAUCAACAAUAAUUUCAUGUUUAUGUGAACAAAAUGCUGUAAGAAGAUUAAUUGAAUUAUUAAUUACAAUUGAUCGUGAACGAUUAAAAAUAUCUGAAAAUAAUAAAUUAGAUAUUUUAUUGAAUAUUAUUAUUGGAACAUUAAUUAAAUUAGCAAAAGAUUCAUCAUGUAGAUUAAUAAUUAAAGAAAUGAAUUGUACAUCAAUUUUUAUUCGUUUUUCAAAUUUACCGUCUUGUACAUUGCAACAAUCAUCAAAUAUUUUACUUAAUGAAUUAAAUAUCAAUUAA